AUGGGAGGUAGUUCAAAAUCUUGGAAGUCAGAAGUCGAAAAGGCUUUAUUAAAGUAUGGUCUUAAUUGUUUCAACUUCUCCGACUUCGUCAAUCCUAGGAAAAUUGGCGAAGGUAGAUUUAGCCAUGUUCAUAAGGCUGAAUGGAAGAAUCCUAAGUUAAUGGUUGCUCUGAAAAGUCGAAAAUUUAAGGAAACCGUGGACGUAGAUAGGAUUGUCAAAGAG